CACACAGAGACAGACAGAGAGAGAGAGAGAGAGAGAGAGAGAGAGAAAGAGAGAAAGAGAGACACGCGUGCUUCCUUCCGACUCCACUGCUGUCCUUCAUCUACACGGAAUUCACUUAUGGAAAUAUCGAUGAAUGACCAUUGGGUGGAUACCAUUAUCCAGACUUUUGACAUCAGGUGACAAUACUAGAAUACUCCAAUGGAGACUAAGACGGGCGGUGAAGUCAAUAAAAUCCUGCAAGACCAUGCCAGCUUAAAUUUUACAACCUAUUUAAAUGCAUCUCUUUCCCUCCACCAUCAUGUGAACAAUGCAGUGCUGGGGAUAAUUCUGGGCAUGUUGUGUCUCCUGACAACCAUCAUGAACAUUCUGGUUCUUCUUGCUGUGAGGAAGGAACGUACUUUACAUACCGUGGGGAACCUUUAUAUCGUCAGCCUCUCUUUAGCAGAUCUAAUAGUUGGGGCAACUGUAAUGCCACUAAACCUUGUCUAUCUACUUGAGGAUGAAUGGAAACUUGGUCGUGUGGUUUGUCAGUUCUGGUUGGUAAUGGAUUAUGUAGCUAGCACGGCCUCAAUUUUCAGUUUGUUUAUCCUUUGCCUGGACAGAUAUCAGUCUGUUAGGCACCCACUGAGGUAUCUGAAAUAUCGAACACGGGGAAGAGCGACACUGAUGAUUUGUUUUGCUUGGCUUCUCUCCAUGAUGUGGAUUAUUCCCAUUUUGGGAUGGAGGAUGUUUGCUAAUGUUGAUCGGAAACCUGAGCUAGAAAGCAAGUGCGACACGGACUUCCGCUUCGUCACAUGGUUUAAAGUGCUGACCGCCAUUCUCAACUUUUACAUCCCAUCAUUCCUGAUGCUAUGGUUCUAUUCGCAAAUUUUCAUAGCUGUGCGAGAACAUUACAAGCAAUGGGAGAGUGUCACUAUUGCUAAGGUGGUGGCAGAUGAAGGCAUAAAUGUGCAAAGUUUAAAACAUCAGAGAACAUUCUGUAAAAUGGCAGAGGAAGAGAAUCUGGCCUUGCAGACUUACUCUCAAAAGGAAGGUAUAUUGGAUCAGUAUACUUUGGAGCAGCCAUACAACUCAAGGGACACCAAUGAGGAGAACGGUGAAUCCCUGGGUGAUAAAAAAUCCAAACACAGGAAAACCUCAUUUUUUAAGAUUACAAAACCUAAGAAGAAAACUGUGAGGGAUCCCCGUGAGGUUUCAUCAGUAAACCAGGAGGUAAAUUCUGAAACACCUUCAAAGGAUCCAUCUAUACCUCUGGGCAUUUUGCAACAUGAAGAAGAUGCAGAUCUCAAAAUGUUUGUAUCUGUUACUGACUGUAAUGUAUUAGUGCCAAAUUCGGUUGCUAAUAUUUGUGAGGUAACACCCAACACUGACGUUCACAAACACAUCACCAUUCUCUGUAACGAUGAUGCUAAUGCACAGUCACCUGUAUCGCAAGGGUCAUGGAUGCAUGACGAUGGGCCAAUGAUAGACGGUAGCAACACUAUGACUUUGAGGCAAACAUGGCAGAAAUUCUGCGAACAGUCCAAGCAGUGUGUCCAGAACAUGCGCGUUCAUAAAGAACGGAAAGCGGUGAGGCAGUUGGGCUUCAUCAUCGGAGCUUUUUUGGUGUGCUGGAUCCCGUAUUUUAUCACCUUCAUGGUCAUGGCGCUGUGCAACACAUGCGUCCAUCAUGACCUCCACAUGUUCACUAUAUGGUUGGGCUACAUCAACUCCACUCUGAACCCCUUUAUUUAUCCACUUUGCAAUGAGAAUUUCAAAAGAGUAUUUAAAAAGAUCUUUCGUAUCAAGCAGUGAUUUUUGUCUGUAAAGAGUGAAUGUGUAGCAGCUGCGUAUGUCUAUGUAAACAUAGUUAUUUUGCCUUUAUGUGUGUAAAUGUGUAUUUUUAAGGGUUGUAGACUUUGUUUGGAUUAUUAUGAUAUUAAACACCUAUGUUAAUUGGCUUAUAUCUUUGGUGCUAGCCAGUGUUAUUGUAUGCUUGUAAUCUGCAUCAGAUUAAGGCAUCAGUACAAAUACUGAUGGUAAAUGUUUAAUAAAUUCUCAGUGAGUUUUAUUGGUUCUAAGGUUUGAUUUUUGUUUUUUUUUUCACUGAACAGGCUUUGUUUAGUCUAUGUCUUUUGCUUUUUUCUCAUUUUGCAGGUAUAAUGUGCUUGUCUGCACAUCAUACAAAUUUAUUUGAGGUUUUAUGGAAUGAUAAUGUGUAAAUAACAUGGAAACAUGUACAUAGAACUGUUUAUGAUUGCCACAGAACCACUUACCUUACUUUCCUGUUUUGUAAAUAAAGGUAAGAACUAGUAGCUACAACCGCAAUGUCAAGCUUAACCUCAUUAAGUCUCAGGCCCUGGUGCUGGGUCCAACCUACUUUCCUCUCUCGUAACUACAUACCUUUACAAUUAGUUUCACUGUAGUUACUGAACAAUAUGCUGUAAGGUGAAUAACAGAAUAAUAAACUUGGAUCUUAGUACCAGAAGCAAAUGAUAUCAACUGCUCAGCCCAACAAUUGUAAGUGUAUUUUUAGACUUGCCUGUACACUUGACUCUAUACCAGGAAUUAUUCUGGGCUCAUUUGGGGGAAAGCAUCAUCACUGAAGGUAGAACUUCUUCCAAACUGUAUCUUGA